CCAAUUUUGUCUUGCCCUUUUUUUCUGUAUUUUAAAUUUUUGCUUUUCAUUCCUCGAUUCAAUUUGUACUUUUUUAUAUCACCACUUCUUUUUUAUUAUCUUGACAGCCAAAACUAACGCUCAGACACACACAAAUUAUACAUUUAUCUCGCAAUUUUUCUAUGAAAAUCCACAUUUUGUUACGCUCCCCUUCAGUCCCGACGGCCGAAGACUUUGCAGUACACAUGCAGUCAGAGCAGAGCAUUUGGGAUCUCAAGCAGACGAUUGAGCGGGAGCAUCCUGCGGAGCCACGCGCGCGAGACAUGCGUAUUGUCUGGAGGGGCCGGGUUCUCAAUGACAAGGACUUGGUAUGUUGCUUGUGCAAAGAAGAAAGCGAUACAACGCCGACUCUGCCGCUACCGCCAUCCGAUGUUGUUCAAGCAGUAGUGCAUUUUGUGCUGAGCACGCCUAUGCCGAGCCUGCCCCCACAGAAAGCCUUGAAUGCACACAGCAGUCGGGGUAAAUCAAAGGCGGAUGGUAACCCGGCGCCAGUAGCCACGAAUGUGGCUGACUCUAGCAGUAACUUGGCUAUACCCACUUUUCAGCACUCACCUUCCGUCAUACCGCUGGGAAAUGCAUUUCAGUAUGUAUUGGUUGAUGGCACGCCAUACUUGGUCGAGCUAAAGCAGCAGCGGCAGCAAAAUGCAAGCCAGCCGAUUGGCAGCAGCACUGUGAUACCUGCCUUACAGUCUAACGAGCGUCAGGGUGAUUUAAUGCAGCAGCUGGAAGCCAUGCGCGAGCAACUCCGCAACAUUCCCCAUGCAAACGACGUUCCUAACAAUCGAGCACAUAAUCAAAAUCAACAACAGCAAUGGCAACAGGACCAGCAGCCUCGGCAACAGCCGCAACCGCAGCAGCAGCCUCUAGCACAAGUACUCGGCAACCUCGACUUCCACGCUAUCUGGAAUGCGGCGUGGAUUCUGCUGCGAAUGCUUUUGUUUGUGGCAGUGAUGGCGCAUGACGCGAGCAUGGGGCGCAUGUUGCUAUUGCUGGUGAUUGUGGCUGGAUUUGUUGUGCUUCGAAGUAACUGGGCGCAGCAGCAGCUAAUGCGGCUGCGCCAGUAUAACCGCCAUAUUGAUGGUCGGCGGCAGAAUGUGGAUGAAGGCGGCAAUGGCGGUGCGCAGAGUGGGCAGCAACAGCACCAGCAGCACCAGCACAGGCAGCGUGAGUUUUCUGCACUGGAGAAGGCAAAAGCCCUGGUCAUUGCGCUGUUCACGUCGUUGAUUCCUUCAGAGCCAUUCUAUGUGCCGGCGAUGGAGGAGUAAUACGAGUAGCAGUAUUAUCCUGCAGCACCGUCGGCUUCUGGGAUGAUGGCUUGUCCGAAUGGAAUGUAUUUUUUAUUCAAAAACUAUUGCUUAAACCUGUUUUUUUCCAGGCAUUUGUUCACAUGCCUGUAGAGUAAAGAAAAAUUAUUUAAUCGCAUGCACAGAGUGCUAUUGUCUCAUUUUUUGAUACCCUUGUCUUUCAC